AUGCUAAUCGGUCUUCUCGCCUCUUUCGGCGCCUGUCUUCUUCUCGGAACUCUGUUCGUUCCCAUCAAGACUUGCCCGCCAACUGAUGGAUUUGCCACGCAGUUGUUCAUGUGUUUGGCCGGAUACCUCGUCAGUUUCGGCAUUUACGCCUACAUGCACUUCCCCGGAGUGUACGUUUUGGCCAUGGUCGGAGGUGCCAUUUGGUCCUCUAGUGAGUCUAAGAUCACUUCAAGAGCAUCUGACUCUGAUUGCAGCCAACUGCUUCGCCGUUCCGAUAAUGGGCCAGGUGGGGAUGGCGAUGUUCAUGCUCUUCGCCUCUUCGAUCUCCUGCCUCACCGGCUGGGCCAUCUCCAGAUUCGGAUUGUUCGGCGUGCCGGCUGCGGUUCCGCUGAGCGUUCCUCUAAAUUACAUUGGCAUUUUCCUUCUCAUCGCUGGGUUCGAUUUCAAACAGAAUCUCUGAACGUCUCAAUCAGUUCCAGUUCCGCGCUCUACCCGUUCAUCAAAAUCAACGUCUUCCGGGCGCUCAAACCCGUCGAUCCGCACGUGCACGUCGUUCCGAUGCGAGUUCUGACAGAGUUGGACGAGGAAGUCGUCGUGACGAACAAAGAUCCAGUUGAAGUGAAGAAAGGCGACGCCGAAAUGAGGACGUCGAUGGGGAACGUGGCCGCGUGGAUCGGAACGGUACUCACCGGACUUUCGUUGGGUGUCAUGACCACUCCGGUCACUCUUCUCAUGGUCAGUUUGAGUAGGCUUCCUUCCAAAAUGUUAGUACUUGGUUUAGAGUUUUUCAUAUUGAAAGUUUGAGUCCUGUCGGAUCAACUGAUCUGGAGAUAUGGUAUUUUGGGGCCGAAAAACACUGGUAUUCACGGAAUGUAAAGGUAUCCAAUUGUGCUGAAACUUUCAAAGACGAUACUUGAAAUCAAGACCUAUAUCUCGAGACGAUAAUUACAUGGAAAAGUAACAUAAAAAAUUAAUGUCAAUAUUGUGCUGAAUAACUAUGUAAUUGAUCUGUUAACUCCAAAAUUCGUCAUUCUUGAGAUAUGGUCUAGUUUCUAAACAGUAGAUCUCUUUAAAAGUUGAGGUUCCUCCAGAUGAUAGGCCAAAAGUCCAUGUCCCCGGGUAUCUCCGUCCUGUGCGAAUGCCAAUUUAUGCAGUAUUCAGACGCGUCCGGACGUGUACCCCCUGCCGUUCCCGGUCGAAUCGUCCGUCUCGUUCCACUUCUCCUUCUUCACCGGCGUCCUCAUCGUUUCGAUCGCCGUCUUCCUCGUCUAUUGUCUGAUUCGGUGACUUCUUCGAUUGCCUCUUGAUUGAAUCCGACGUUUGCAGAAAGGGCGACGCGGUGAUUCCCGCCCGCAACGUGCUCCCUUCCGUGCUCAGCGGCGUCUUCUUCUCCGUCGCCAUGGCCUUUUUCUUCGUCGCCAACGAGCAGUUGUCCCCGACGAUAUCGUAUCCGAUUUGCAUGAUGGCUCCCGGAUUGGUCACCUCCGCCUGGAGUGUCUUCUAUUUCAAAGAGAUCCAGGUCAGUAGCACUUCCUUCUCUUUCGACAUGUUCCGAGCUUUCAGGGUCGACGGAACUUGCUUCUGCUCGCCGGCGCUUACACGUUCACUCUGAUCGGAGUGCUCGUGAUUACUGUCUCGCGAAUAAUUCAAUUUUGA